AUGAUCCUUGCGUCUCCUGCCUUCUUCUUCCUGCCCUUCUUCACGGGUGAGCUCAUGUUUGCUUUUACUGUAUUUCUUUGGGUUUACGUUAUGUUUGUCCAACUUGUGUACAUUUUUUUAUUGCUUUCUACAGGUGCCGUCUCCACUGAGCAAGUGUGUUCUUACUACGAUGUCCUAGAGCAUCUGAACAUGAGCGCACUCACUGGUUUGUACUCCAUGACGAGGCCAGUCAAAGACUACAAAAAGCAAACAGUGGUUACACUGGAGGUCGUUCUCUACGCCAUCCUAGACGUGGUAAAAAUAGACCAGACCUUCGUUCCCUACGUUUGGAUUUUCACGAGCUGGCAAAAUGACCACAUCUCCUGGGAUCCGGAUCGGUUUUGUGGAAUUAAGAACAUCUCUCUUCCCACUGAACUGUUGUGGAAACCAGAUCUCACCAUUGAAGAGAUGAUAGAGAGGGACAAGGCCCCCCCGAGCCCUCACUUGAUCAUCACUAGUGGCGGCCAAGUGCAGGUUCAAAACGACCAGGUGCUGCUCAGCACGUGCAAGAUGCAAAUCUACCAAUUUCCUUUUGACCAUCAGAGCUGCAACCUCACCUUUAAAUCUGUGGUCCAUUCGGUUGAGGAACUCCGUCUGCUUCACUUGCUCAACUCCGCCGAAGUCACCAAUUGGUCGCGCAAGGUGAUGUGCACAAAGAACGAGUGGCUCUUUGACGACAUGACCGUCAUGAACAAGACAGUCAACGUGUUCGGCGUGCAGCAAGAUAUCAUUGUUUACACUAUCAGCAUGAAAAGGAGGCCACUGCUGUACAUCAUCAACUUCCUGUUGCCCAUCCUCUUCUUCCUGGCUCUGGAUUUGGCUUCCUUCUUCAUCUCAGACUUUGGAGGCGAGAAGCUGAGCUUCAAGGUGACUAUGCUGCUGGCCGUCACUGUCAUGCAGCUCCUCCUGAACGAGAUCCUGCCCUCCUCCUCCAACAAAAUCCCACUCAUAGCUGUGUACUGCAUCGGCAUCUUUGGUUUAAUGAUGCUCAGCCUGCUGGAGACCAUCUUUGUCAUGUACCUGAUGGAGAAAGAUAAAGGCAGCGAGAGCAUCGUUGGAAGCUUGAAGGAAGACAACGAGUCUGACCGCACUUCAGGUGAAAAGACUUCCUGUUAA